AUGAGUGAUGAUGCGAUGAAGCAAGGAAUUGACCGGUCCAAGAGCUUUGUGAGUUGGAGUGGUUCCAUGCAAUCCGGAAAGGUUUGUGCAAAUGUGCUGAAGAACAGUAUUAUGAGAAAUGCCGACUUGUGUGUCCCAUUUUUCAACCAUUUUGAAACGUUCGGUCUUCUCUUCUCUUGGAGCACGCUGCACGCGCUCACAGCCUCGCUUCGGUCUUCAGUCAUAGCAAAGAGAAAAGUUACUGAUGAUGUUGGAGUUCAAACAAGUCAACCCUCUAAUCUUAUUUCACAAGAAGUUCAAGUAAGUGAACUCUCUAAUCUUACUCAAAAUACACAUCAACAAAAAGCCAAAGUUCCAAGAUUAGAAAGAGAUGUUGAUAUCUCUUUACUAGAAAAGGGUCCAGGAAAGCGACGUCCAAUUUGGCAGUAUAAUGUCAAUCAACGUGAUAAGAUUCGUAGAGCAUACAUAAUAGCUAAGCCAUACCAACUAACAAAUAUUAGCUAUCCAGCUUCUGGUAAUAAUAAUCACAGUCGAUAUUUUCAAACUUCUUGGUUUAAGAAAUUUUCAAGUUGGUUAGAAUAUUCACCAGAAAAAGAUGCUGCUUAUUGUUUGCCUUGCUACUUGUUUGGUAAACAUUAUGGUACUCACAAUGAUGGAAAAAAUGCAUUUUUAGAGUUAGAAUUUAGUAAUUGGAAGAAAGUAAACAAUGGAGUGAAUUGUGUAUUUGUAUGUCAUGAGGGUUCUAUUCCUAAUUCUCCCCAUAAUUUAUGUGUGAAAUCUUGUGAUGAUUUAAUGGCUCAAUCUAAGCAUAUAGACAAAGUUCCUGAAAGGCAUAGUGAUGAAACUAUUGCAAAUAACCGCUUAAGGUUGAAGACAUCUAUUAAUGCUAUUCAAUGGCUUGCAUUUCAAGCAUGUGCAUUUAGAGGCGAUGAUGAAAGUCCUGGAUCAUUGAAUAGGGGAAAUUUUAUUGAGUUAAUUAAGCUUUUGGCUUCCUGUAAUCAGAAUGUUAAUAAUGUUGUUCUUGAAAAUGCUCAAUAUAUAUCUUCCGGUGUUCAAAAAGAUAUAUUACAUAUCUUUGCUAGAAAAGUGCGUGCAACAAUUCGAGAAGAAAUUGGUGAUUCUAAAUUUUGUAUAAUUAUUGAUGAAGCAAGAGAUGAGUCAAAGCGAGAACAAAUGUCUGUGAUUUUGAGAUCUGUAGACAAGCACGGUUGUGUUCAAGAAAGACCUUUUGAUCUUAUACAUGUUUCUGAUACGUGUUCUUUGACAUUGAAAAUAGAAAUUUCAUCAGUUCUUUUUCGUCAUAAUCUUGAUGUUCAAAAUCUUAGGGGACAAGGGUAUGAUGGAGCUAGUAAUAUGUGUGGUGAAUGGAAUGGAUUGCAAGCUCUAUUUUUGAAAGAUUGCCUUUUUGCUUAUUACAUUCACUGUCUUACUCAUCGAUUACAAUUAGCAUUUGUUUCUGUAGCCAAAGAAUUAAGGGUUACUCAAGUAAAUAAUGUUGCAAACUUAAUUGCCGAUGAUCAACUUAUGACAGGUAGUGGACUUAAUCAAAUUGGUACUUUGCAAAGAGCUAGAGAUACUAGAUGGGGGUCUCAUUUGAAUUCUGUACGUAGCUUGCUAUGCAUGUUUGAUGCUACUUGUGAAGUUCUUGAAAAAAGCACUGAAGAAGGUAAUUUCUCCACUCGUGGUGAUGCUAGUGCUGCUUAUGAUGCUAUCACAUCCUUGAAUUUGUCUUAG